AUGGGCGGCGCACUCUCUGCCACCCGAUCAGCCCCAGCUAGCCCCCCGCCCACGCGCCAGUACUCUCGGGAAGAUGGGACACCCGACGAGACCGUCGGCAUCAUCUCUCGCGGCCCCGACCGCAACUACCAGAGCAUGACCGCCACAGCUCCGGCAACCACCACAACGGCUACAGCACCCGAGUUUGCAAGCAUGCGCUCCCGCAAGUCGAUCAACACGACACGAAACCACCUGUCUCCCCAAGCGGAGCAUGAAGAGGAAGACUACGAUGCGGUGGUCGCCCGGGAGGAGCGAGAGGAACGAGAGAGAGCAGCACUGACGAAGGAGCCUUGGUACACGAUCUUCCUGUCCAGUUUCCAGAGUAUAGAGCUCGAAAACAAGGGCAGCGUAGCUCGAGAUCACCUAGCAUUAGAACGAACAUUCCUCGCCUGGCUCCGUACCUCGCUCGCCUUCGCUUCAAUAGGCAUCGCCGUAACACAGCUCUUCCGCCUCAAUUCGUCCAUUUCCAACCCUGACUCCACCAGCCAUACUAUGCGCCAGCUCGGCAAACCGCUCGGCGCAACCUUCCUCGGCAUCAGCAUCCUUAUCCUCUUCCUCGGCUACCAACGCUACUUCCGCGCCCAGCAAUGGGUCAUGAAGGGCAAGUUUCCCGCGAGUAGAGGCACCAUCAUCGUCGUGUCCCUGGUGGCAUUUGCCCUCAUGGCCGUGAGCUUGGUGGUUGUAGUCGUAGUCGGCCCCACGGGUACGGAGCGCUAA